GGGCUGUGUAUGAACACCGACCCUGACUCAAUUCUAAUGAACAUUUUAGACAUGAGUUUACAUCGGCAAAUGGGUUCAGAUAGAGAUCUUCAGUCUUCUGCUUCAUCUGUGAGCUUGCCUUCUGUCAAAAAGGCACCCAAAAAGAGAAGGAUCUCAAUAGGCUCUCUCUUUCGGAGGAAAAAGGACAACAAACGCAAAUCAAGGGAGCUCAAUGGUGGGGUGGAUGGAAUUGCAAGUAUUGAAAGUAUUCAUUCUGAAAUGUGUACUGAUAAGAACUCCAUUUUCUCUACGAAUACCUCUUCUGACAAUGGAUUGACUUCUAUCAGCAAACAGAUUGGAGACUUUAUAGAAUGUCCUUUGUGCCUUUUGAGGCAUUCUAAAGACAGAUUUCCAGAUAUAAUGACAUGUCACCAUAGAUCUUGUGUGGAUUGCUUACGACAAUACCUAAGGAUAGAAAUCUCUGAAAGCAGAGUUAACAUCAGUUGUCCAGAAUGUACCGAACGGUUUAAUCCCCACGACAUUCGCUUGAUACUGAGUGACGAUGUCUUAAUGGAAAAAUAUGAAGAAUUUAUGCUUCGACGGUGGCUUGUUGCAGAUCCUGACUGUAGGUGGUGUCCGGCUCCAGACUGUGGAUAUGCUGUGAUAGCAUUUGGAUGUGCCAGCUGUCCUAAAUUAACUUGCGGGCGAGAAGGCUGUGGAACGGAGUUUUGCUACCAUUGUAAACAGAUCUGGCAUCCAAACCAGACCUGCGAUGCUGCUCGACAGGAGAGAGCUCAAAGCUUACGCUUAAGAACUAUACGUUCUUUGUCCAUUAGUUACAGCCAGGAGUCUGGAGCAGCAGCUGACGACAUAAAGCCAUGCCCACGCUGUGCUGCUUAUAUAAUAAAGAUGAAUGAUGGGAGCUGUAACCACAUGACGUGUGCUGUCUGCGGGUGUGAGUUUUGUUGGCUGUGUAUGAAAGAGAUCUCCGAUUUACAUUACCUAAGCCCAUCAGGUUGUACUUUUUGGGGGAAGAAACCCUGGAGCCGAAAGAAGAAAAUCCUGUGGCAGCUGGGGACCCUUGUUGGUGCUCCCGUAGGGAUAGCGCUAAUAGCCGGCAUCGCCAUUCCCGCCAUGAUCAUCGGCAUCCCUGUGUACGUGGGCCGCAAGAUUCAUAAUCGCUAUGAAGGCAAAGAUGUUUCAAAACACAAGCGGAAUCUGGCCAUAGCAGGUGGUGUAACGCUGUCUGUGAUCGUUUCUCCGGUGGUAGCUGCAGUGACUGUAGGCAUUGGUGUUCCUAUUAUGUUAGCGUAUGUUUAUGGCGUUGUCCCAAUUUCCCUCUGCCGCAGUGGGGGUUGUGGUGUUUCAGCAGGCAAUGGGAAAGGAGUCAGGAUUGACUUUGAUGAUGAAAACGAUAUAAAUGUUGGUGGAACUAACACGGCUAUAGAUGCAACGUCAGUGGCAGAAGCAAGGCACAACCCUAGCAUAGGCGAGGGGAGUGUCGGGGGUCUCACUGGCAGCCUGAGUGCAAGCGGGAGCCACAUGGACCGGAUAGGCGCCAUUCGAGACAACUUGAGUGAAACGGCCAGCACCAUGGCACUAGCUGGAGCGAGUAUAACGGGAAGCCUGUCGGGAAGUGCCAUGGUGAAUUGUUUCAACAGGUUGGAAGUGCAAGCAGAUGUGCAGAAGGAGAGGUACAGUCUGAGUGGAGAAUCUGGCACGGUGAGCUUGGGGACAGUUAGUGAUAACGCCAGCACCAAAGCCAUGGCAGGAUCCAUUCUGAAUUCCUACGUCCCUCUGGACAGAGAAGGGAACAGUAUGGAAGUACAAGUGGAUAUUGAGUCAAAGCCAUUCAAGUUCCGGCACAACAGUGGAAGCAGCAGCUUGGAAGAUGGCAGUGCUGCCAGAAGCCACACCGGGGCUUCAUCCAGUGGCUUGCCUGAAGGGAAAUCUGGUGCCACCAAGUGGUCCAAAGAAGCAACAGCAGGAAAAAAGUCAAAAAGUGGUAAACUGAGGAAAAAGGGUAACAUGAAGAUAAAUGAGACCAGAGAGGACAUGGACGCACAGUUGUUAGAACAGCAGAGCACGAACUCGAGUGAAUGUGAGGCCCCGUCCCUCAGUGACAGUAUGCCGUCUGUAGCCGAUUCCCACUCUAGUCACUUUUCUGAAUUUAGCUGUUCAGACUUAGAAAGCAUGAGAACGUCCUGUAGUCACGGUUCCAGCGACUGUCAUGGCCGCUUUGCGGCUGUGAACACCCUUCCUGAGGUAGAGAAUGACCGUCUGGAGAACUCACCACAUCAGUGUAGCAGUUCUCUGUUUUCCAAAACUGCUUCCUGCUCAGAAGUCCCACCGCUGAAUCCGGCUGCAGAAGAGCACGGCACCAGCAAAGGUGGGGUGAAGCCUGAUGUCGAUGUGUGUUUCGGGGACACACUAAAAGAAGCAAAUAAUAACCACCCGCACCAGACGGUGGACCUGAAAGUUGCUGUUCAGACUGAAAUUUAGGCUCUGAAAGCUGCAGAGUCAUGCCCACUGAGCAACCCUGUGUGAGCUGGUUACACCAUGUGCGACUGUUAAGUUUAAGUUGCCAGCAAAAGCCAGGUUUCACAGUCAUAAUGCAAAUACAUUUGUAUGUUUAGCAAAACGUUGUGUUUCAUGUGGAUGUCAAUUACCAAAUUACAAAAUGAAGGCUUUAAAAGUGCAUUAUAAUGAGAAUAGUGACUUAAGAAAAAGUCGUGUUUUGUGUUCCUGUCACAAAACAUUGCUUGAUGCACAUACCUGUGUAUUUUAGAUAGAAAUUUGGCUUAUAUUUAUAAUCAUAUGAUGCUAACCCUGUCCUGUGACAUUCUUACGGGAAACUGAGGCUUAGGGGUAAGUGGUUAGUGACAUUUUAUUGAAACCACUAAGGGAUCUUGUUUAAAAGCACUUGGCGGGUUACUCAGCGUAUGACCCUCUGUAACAUUUCUCUCUGUAACUGAGCUUAAAUUUCAUUUCUGUCUUUAUAUGCGACGUGGACACAAAGCUUAAUGCAGCCCAUUGGUAACCAUUUGGAUACUUAGACACUUGAGCAAGACUGUGGCAGUUUUUGCACAACUUUGAUGUAGAAAUACCCGGUACUGUUCCAUGUCUCGUGUAUUGUCAAUGCCAUUUUAGAAGAAAAAGGUAAAAAUAAGUAACUAAGUGUACUGACAAUAAGUGAGACACAAAGCUACAGAGUAAAAUCUCAUUAGGAUGUAAGUGUUAUAAAAGUCGCCUGUCACUAAAGGAAGGUAGUGCCCUUUGACUCUUGGGGCCUUUGGGAGAGCCUGGGUUUCAUGAGCCUCGCCAUCUGAGGAUUUUGCUGAAUCUUUCCCAUAAUGUCUUCUCUAGUCACCUUGGGUUAUAUAGAAAAACACAGGAAAUAGAUAAACAUGAAUGUGACUUAACUAUGCUGAAAAAGUAUUCGCCUACCAAAGACACACUCAGGCUUUAGUAAAUCUAACGUUACAUAACCUCAAUUUCUAACAUGUAUAUCUUUUUGAACCAUGAAAUCAAAGCAAUUCAGAGCUUGUACCAAGCUUAUACAAAAGGUCUGUGUAUGGCUUUGUUUCCUUUUGCUUCUGUUUAUGGAGGAUGUUCAGCUGACACAAGCAGAAGUUGGCCAAAAUGCUGCCCACACUAUUAACUUCCCACACAACUCUCCUAGCAGACUAACCUCACAGCAGCCAAGUGUUCCACCGUAGGUGUUUCUUUAAGUGUGACCAUUAUGGUGCUACUGAACAUUUUCUUUUAUAGAAAAGGAAAAUGUCCCGGGCUGCAGUCUUCCACCAUCGUUUUCCUCAUUGCGUCCAUUAAUUUGCUUAUAUAACACUAGUGCCAGUUAUUUUGUUUGAUAAUGCUUAUUGUAUUUGUACAUUUGUUUGCAUUCCAGUUUUGUUCAGUAAUGAGUGUGUAAACAGCAUACAUGAAAUAAAUGUAAAUACUAAUAUAUUUGGUGUGUGCACAGGAAGUUUUACAAUAAUGGGUUACUCUAUUUGCUCUAUUAGUCUGGGUUCUCUAGAGGGACAGAACUGAUAGAAUGAAUCUAUGUGCAUAGAAAAGGAGAUUUGUGGCUUACAGGCUGGGGCC